GUAUCUCACAGAUACUCGGGACCGUCGAGAGCGCUCAACGUAGCGCUGCGGUGCGAGACAUGACGUUAGUUCACUUCGAUAGCUCUACGAGUCUGCACGUGAAUUUUCCCUGGGCUCUCGGCUGUCGUCUGGCUUUCUCAAUUCUCAAAUUCAAUCGGAAUCGGUCAACCAACAAACACGCACGCACACACAAUCAGAGUUUAAAUUUGAGUCUUCAUCUCAAUCUCAAUCUCAAUCUGAAUGUGAAUCUUAAUCUGAAUCUGAAUCUGAAUCUGAAUUCGAGUCCCAAUAACGCAUCUCGCAUAUCGCAUCUGUAGCUGCAUCAGAGUUUCGGGUUUAUUUGUGAACAGAGAGCAAUGAUAUGAUCGAAAGCGAAAUUUCCAUAACGAAAUAAGCCAAAAAGUGCCAAGUGUUUAAGAGUGCUAACUAAUAAAGAAAAUAAACAAAUUGAUGAAAAAGUUAAGUUGAAAAUUUCAAAAAGAAGAUUUAAGAGAGCAGCUUAAGGAGUACUACAGCUAGUCAAAAGUGAUUUGCCGACGGAAUUUAUUUUUGUCCCACAAACUUGUUGAGCGCGCGCUGCGGGAGCCACGCCCCCGGAAGAAUUAGAAGAUUUUUGCGCCUGCCACGUUACCCGUAAAAGACGUCAAGACGGUUGCCUCACGGUUCGAGUGGAAUGAGCAUAGGGACCCUGGUCUUCCUUUCGAUCGAUCGGUCUACAAAGUCGUUAAACUGAGCCCCAACUUGGAGCCCUACCCCGCCAGCGUGGAGGGCCUGAACAGCCCCAGAGCGGUGGGGAUGGCCGCUACGUCGUACAUGACCCCUCCGAGCGGCGACCUGGACAUGGCCCUCGGCGGCGGUGGCUACCACACCUCGUCGCCCCGUUCGGCGGCCGAUGCCGGUGAGAUGAAGUACAUGCAACACCAUCACCAUCACCAUGCCGCAGCCGCGGCGGCAGCCCAUCACCAAUUGCCCUCGUCCCCGUCGCCAAAUGGCCAGGGCAACGGCACUGGUGGACUGGGUGGCCUGGGGCCCGGCUCGAGUCUGGGUUCGUGGAGUGCCCUGCACCCGGAUCCGUGGUCACUGCCGACCCAUCACACGCACCAUCAUCCCGCCGCCGCCGCCGCUGCCGUUGCCUCGGCGGCUGACACAGUGAAGCAGGAGAUGUCCCAUCUCUCGCAGCAGACUCGCAUCCAGCAGAGCAUGGCCUCGCCUUCGCCCCACGCCGCCUGGCACGCCCCCCAUGCCGGCCACUAUGCGCCCACGGGAUCGCCGCUGCAGUACCACCAUGCGAUGAACCGGAUGCUUCAUCAUCCGGGUCAUGCGGCCGCGGCUGCCCACCACCAGAGUGUGGCGCCACUGCAUCACGCCCUGCGCGGGGAGUCCCCGCAGUUGCACAUCCACGCCCACCACAUGGGCGGCGGCGACCGGGACGCCAUCAGCGGCGGCGAGGAGGACACUCCGACUUCCGACGAUCUGGAGGCCUUCGCCAAGCAGUUCAAGCAGCGACGCAUCAAGCUGGGCUUCACCCAGGCGGACGUGGGCCUGGCCCUGGGCACCCUCUAUGGCAACGUCUUCUCCCAGACGACGAUCUGCAGAUUCGAGGCUCUGCAGCUGAGCUUCAAGAACAUGUGCAAGCUGAAGCCGCUGCUGCAAAAGUGGCUGGAGGAGGCCGACUCCACCACGGGAUCACCCACGUCGAUCGACAAGAUCGCGGCGCAGGGACGCAAGCGCAAGAAACGGACCAGCAUCGAGGUGAGCGUGAAGGGAGCCCUCGAGCAGCAUUUCCACAAGCAACCGAAGCCUUCGGCCCAGGAGAUAUCCUCGCUGGCCGACUCCCUGCAGCUGGAAAAGGAGGUGGUGCGCGUGUGGUUCUGCAAUCGGCGGCAGAAGGAGAAGCGCAUGACGCCACCGAAUACCAUAGGCGGGGACAUGAUGGACGGCAUGCCGCCGGGCCACAUGCAUCACGGUGGCUACCAUCCGCACCACGACAUGCACGGCAGUCCCAUGGGCACCCACUCGCACUCCCACAGCCCGCCGAUGCUGAGCCCCCAGAACAUGCAGUCAGCGGCAGCGGCGCACCAGUUGGCGGCCCACUAGCAAUCAGAAAUCCAGGAGUCGAACUCAGCUGCAGCUGCGUCCACUCCUGCAUCCCUCAAUAGUCUAAGCCAGCAACAGCAGCAGCAGCAACAACAACAGCAGCAGCAGCAACACCAGCAACAGCAGCAGCAACACCAGCAGCAGCAACACACACCGAAUACACCGUCGUCGAGUGCGGGAUCGUCAGUGACGAUGACCAGUCAGGUGAUGUCGCCACAGAGUCCGCUGGGCAGCUCCUCCGCUGGCAAUCAGGCUAACAACAACAACAACAAUAGCAGCACCAACAAUAAUAAUAACAACAACGAGGAGCAAGUUAAACACCAUCAGCAACAGCAACAACAGCAGGCCUCCAGCAUAGCAGCCGCUGCAGCAGCCGCCAUGUACAUGGAUCCCAUGCGCUACCAGCAUCCGCAUCACCCCCACCCGCAUCCGCACCAGCAUCCGCACCUGAAUCCCGCCCACCAUCCGCACCUGUUCCAUACCAGCGACCAGUUGCAGCAUUCGCAGCAGCAGUCCGCCGGCGGCGGCGUUGGUGGCGGCGGCGGUGGAGGUGGUGGUGGUGGCAGCGGACCCGGCAGCAACUCCCAACUGUCGCCCGGCGCCGGCAGCAACAGCGGGCUACCGCUCCAGCCGCCCAGCUCCGCCUCGCCCGCCGGCUCCGCCUCCAGUGUGCUGGGCGGUCACCUAAAUCUUAAUCCGCUGCACCAGCACCACCAUUACCAGCACCACCACCACCAGCAGCACCACCAUCAUCAGCAGCAACAGCAGCAGCUCCACGCCCGCCGUCUCUUUGAGCUGAGCCUCCAGUUUGGGGCGGCGGCGGCGCCCGGAGCGGUCCGUCACUUCAACAGCUUCGGCGGGGCGGGCGGAGCGGGCGGCGAAUAGCAUUCGUCGGCCGCCUGGUUCGGCUAUGAGUCCUCCUAGGACUCGGUGUCGAACGGGUGGCCGCAGUUCAAGCGGGAGCAGCCCUAGAGCCGAACAGUCGAGCUUCUCCAAUGUCAACUCUUCCGUGGCCAAUUUCCUAAGAGCUACGACGUCCUGUAGCCAGUUAUUUGUUUGAGAACGUUAUUUUAAAGACUUUAAAGUGUAUAGGUUGAGGUUGGAGAAGGUCGGCUGUCGCAGGAAAUCCA